AUGCUGGAGGUUUCUCUACAGCUCCUGUUGCUCCGGGGAGCGCAGCUGUCGUGCGAUGAGGACAGCCCCGCAGACGUCAGGCCUUGCGCAUCGCCCUCCCCGGCCCCUCGCUCCUUCCCCGCGGGGCUCGGGUUUCCCCUUCUCACUCCAGUGACGCUGCCUGUCCCGACAGGUGCCGGCAGAGCCGCGGCCACACGCCGGGGUCACCGCCAGCGUCGCGGUGGACAUGCUAACGUAGGGGCCAGGCGCCUGGCUAACCCCCAGCCCCUUGCCCGGCCGCCGUGUCCCAGCACGGCACCCGCCUCGACCAUGGACCCGGCCCUGGAGAUGAAGAGGAAUAGGUUCCCCAGCAUGAACUUUGAAGCAGAGAUUCUGACAGCUCCACACGAUAAUUCAGAGCUGUAUGUGAUCCCUUCCAUGAGAAGUCUCACGGCUGAGGAGUAUGUAGAGGCCUUUAAGUCAUUUUUGGAUCAUUCAACAGAGCACCAGUGCAUGGACGAAUUCAACAAGGAAGAAAUGCCCAACAUCAUGGCUGGUCUCGGCAAUGGAAAAUCGACUAUAAAUGUUCUGGGAGUUGGAAGCGGCACAGGUGAGCAGGAUUUGAAAAUGAUCAGGAUACUGCAGGCUGUACACCCAGGGGCCCUUAUUGACAACGAAAUCAUAGAGCCCAACCCACAGCACGUGGCAGCUUACAAAGAGUUGGUGAAUCAAGCUCCAGACCUGCAGAAUGUCUCUUUUAUUUGGCACCAGCUCACUUCCUCGGAGUAUGAACAACAGGUGAAGGAGAAAGGCACACAUAAGAAAUUUGACUUCAUCCAUAUGAUCCAGAUGCUGUACCGUGUGGAGGAUAUUCCCAAUACUAUCAAGUUUUUCCACAGCUGCCUCAACCAUCAUGGUAAACUCCUGAUCAUAAUUUUAUCAGACAGUAGCGGAUGGGCCAGCUUAUGGAAGAAGUACAAACACUGCUUGCCUUCCACCGACAGCGGCCACUACAUCACCUCCAACGGCAUCACGGAUGUUUUGAAGAGACUCGGUGUUGAAUACCGCGUUUAUGAGUUCCUGUCAGGCUGGGAUAUCACCGAGUGCUUUAUUGAGGGGGACCCGGCUGGAGCCUGCAUGAUGGAUUUCCUGACAGGGACAAAAAACUUCCUGGGCACGGCCCCUCCGGGGCUGCGGCGGCGGCUGCAGGAGGCUCUCUGCCAGCCCGAGUGCAGCAGCAAAAAGGACGGGAGGAUCAUCUUCAGCAACAACUUGAGUAUGAUUGUGGUUGAAUCCUAG